AUGUGUGUCCAUGAUCUCAAGCUUGCAUGUCCUGAUUGUUAUGACGCCAUGGGUCACCUCACCAUCCGGAACCUCAGCGGCCAAGAACUGGAGCUGGAAUUAAGUGGAGGCGAGACGGCCUUCCACGUGAAAGAGAAGAUUCACGAACACUGGGGUUUACCCCCGAAGUGCCAAGAGUUGAUCUUGCAUUCGGCAGCUCUGGCAGAUGCCUACAGCUUUGCAGAUGCCGACAAGCUCGAGCUGCUUCUGGUGUGCUCGUUGCGAGAACUCUGUGCCAACCUGGGCAGCAGCAGCGCAGCAGCCCGCGCCUCGGCCUUGCAGGACUUGGCCGCUGUGCGGGGGAGCGCCGGCGCCGUGGAGGCCGCCCUCCAAUGCCUGGAGGACAGGAGUGCUCACGUGCGGGACCGCGCGGUGGAGGCCAUUCUCCAGGUCGCAGACCAAGGCGACCAGAUGGUCUUGGAGGCAGCCGACCGGCU